UUUUCAAAAAUCAGAAGAGACACAGAUCGGAACAGGUUGCGUAAGAAUGGCGAAGCUGAUGCUCUUCACCGCCGUUAUUAUCGCGAUUAUCUCCCACGGAGCCUCCGUCGAUGACAAAUGCGCCGCUUGUAACGCCGUCGCAGAGGAAUUAGAGUUACAGCUUUUAAAGGAAAAGCCACGAAACCAUCUUGAUAUGAGAAACCGGCUAAAUUCUAAAGGCCAGCGUGAAGGAAAGGUUAUUGAUUACAGAAUAAGCGACCUGAGGGUGGUUGAUUUGUUGGACGGGCUGUGUGAUAGAAUGCAGGACUAUACUCUACAAAAAGUGGAAUCUAAGAAUAGACAAUGGGUGAAAGUGGGAAAUUUUGACAAUCUAACAAAUAAACAGGAAGCUAAAGCGCAUGCAAAUGACAUUUCAACUUAUUGUGGAAGAUUGCUUGAAGAAACUGAAGAUGAGCUUGGCGAGGUAAUAAAGAAUGGCUCCCUGAAAGCAGGAGAAGUCCGCAAGGUUCUGUGUCAAACUUUAAGUAACCACUGCAGCCAAUCAAGUGAAACAGACUCAGAAGAUGAGGAGGACGACGAUGCAGAUGAAUUAUAGCUCAAUCCAGUAAAACGCUCACCACUUAUUUUCCGUCAAAUUAAGGUCCCAUCACUGUAGCCAUGUUAUAGAUACAUCUAUCUACGACACAUGUAACUUAGACACCUUUUCAAUUCUUAAGUUCUGUUGAUACUCGGGUCUAGAAAACUUAUUUAGAUUGUGGCAAGUGUUCUUUUUCUCACAAAAAUAACUUA